CGCCCUUGUCGCUGCCACGAUCUCCGAGGCCUCCGGCUUGCAUCCUAUUGCCGCGCCAUGAUCAGCAUGGAUGGGGUGCCUCGGCCGCAGGCCACGCCGGAGACCCCUGACGCGGAGAUGGACACUGGCGAGGACAUGUACGCGGGCUCCGCUGCGGCUGCGAACUGCGCGGGCGGCGAGGUUUCGCGGCACUCGAGGCUCGCGCGCAAGGCGGAGAGCGCGCGUCAGGCGCGGCUUCGCCACAAGCAGUUUGUGCAGGAGCUGCAGGAGCAGGUCUCGACGCUGACGAACCGGAUCGCUCAGCUCGAGUCGCAGCCGUCGGCCUUUGCGGCGGUGCACGAGCUGCGGGGCGCGCUGAGCCAGGAGCAGCUGACCACGCUGCUGGGCUGGCGCCGCCGCCCCCUCCCCCCCCCCAUCACUCUCAGGCUGCGUGCCCGUCAACUCCGGGUCAGAGCCGAUGAGCUGAGACGCGGCGCGGCGUGUACAUGCCGCCGCUGCCGCCGCUGCCGAUGGCGCCGGCCGCCGCUGCUCGACACGCUUCGCGACCCCUGUCAGUGGCGCGGGCAUGCGCGCUUGUGUGUGACGGAGGCGGUGCGGAGUUUCUCUCUCUCCACCUCCCCCUCCCGGCUCGCAUGCCCAUGGGUCGUGCAUGACGCGUCUGAGCAACUGAGCCUCAAGCUCAACCCCACACCCCCUUGCCCCCUGCAGCUGCACCACCCACCCCCACCACCACUGACUGGUUCGAGUGUGUACGUGUCGUGCGCGUAGGCAUUUUUAUUCUUAGGAGGUCAAUUUAACU